UAACGGAGAUAUCUUACACAAGUCAUCUCAUCCAUUUACCAAUUUAAACCACUGUAAAUCAUGUCAGCAGUAGGAUCGUUGAUCUUUUGUACAUAUUGCGGUAAUCUAUUAGAUGCCACUAGUUCUAGUUCACAAUUCAAAUGUGGGUUAUGUUCAGCAACUUACCAUAGAGCUGAUUUUGCCAAUUUAAAGGUCGUUACAACUUCAGCUGAAGAUGCAUUUCCUUCAAGUUUAAAGUUGAAGAGAUCAGUAGUCAAGACUUCUUUAAAGAAAGAUGAGUUGGAUGAUGGUGCAACUAUUAAAGAAAAAUGUCCUAAAUGUGGAAAUGAAGAAAUGCAAUAUCAUACUUUACAAUUAAGAUCAGCCGAUGAAGGUGCUACAGUAUUCUAUACUUGUACUUCAUGUGGUUACCGUUUCAGAACCAAUAACUGAUACUAUUCACUUCAACCACAUAACCAUGUACAUUAGCUUCAGCAUAAUUUUUGUAUAUAUAUCAAGUACAUAGACAUAGACAAUACAAAAAAGC